AUGAAGGCAUCAAUGAUAAUCCUGGUUUUGACCAUCAUCACCUGCGCUGUCAUCUCCGCUGAUGCUUGUCCCAAAUCUAAGUACUUCAAGGGCACCUGUAACGCGCUCACGCGGGACUGCCAGAUCCACUGCACCAGACUGGAAGGAGCCAAGAGUGGCCAAUGUGUGUACAAGUUCCCGUCCUUUAGGUGCACGUGUUGUCGCUGA